CGUUUCUGCAGGAACCAGAAUGCACCUCCACACAUGGCUGCAGGACUGGUGUGUUCAGCGUGCAGAGGACGAGGACGCAGAGCGGCAGAUCUGUUCUUCAGAGUGUCUGAGCCUCCUCGAGUGUCCUCGAGCCAGAACCAGGAAGGAAGUAACCCGAGAGCCAUCCCAUCAUGGAGGGGAGGCGGCGUCUUCUGCUCUGCCUCGUCGCUGCAGCGUGUUUCUAUGGCAACGCCGCUCAGAGGACAGUGUGCACACAAGAGGCCGUGGCCGACAUCGUGUUCAUGGUGGACGGCUCGUGGAGCAUCGGCAUGGAGAACUUCGAGCAGAUCCGCCAGUUCCUCCACACGCUGGUGAACAGCUUCGACGUCGGCCCCGAUCACGUCCGCAUCGGCUUGGUGCAGUACAGCACCGACCCACGCACUGAGUUCCUGCUCAACACCUUCCAGAACAAGAAGGACAUCCUGCACUACAUCAGCAGGCUGCCGUACCUGGGCGGUGGCACUCACACCGGCAGAGGCCUGGACUUCAUGCUGAGGAACCACUUUGUGGAGGCCGCCGGGAGCCGGGCUGGGCAGAAGGUGCCGCAGAUCGCCGUGGUGAUCACCGACGGAAAAUCUCAAGACAUGGUGGAGUUCCACGCCGAGGAGCUGAGGAAGAGGGGCAUCGUCUUGUACGCCAUUGGUAUCAAAGAAGCAGACGAAGAUCAGCUGAAGGAGAUCGCCAACGAGCCGCACAGUCAGCACGUGUACAGCGUGUCGGACUUCGCCGCUCUGCAGGGGAUUUCUCAGAGCAUCGUCCAGACACUGUGCACGACUGUAGAGGAGGCCAAACGACAGCUCCUGCAGCUGUCACAAGAAUGUGCCAAAGCCAGCGUGGCCGACAUCGUCUUCCUGAUUGACGGCUCCUCGAGCAUCGGCAUCUCUAACUUUCAGGAAAUUAGGCGGUUCCUCCGCAGCGUCGUCUCAGGCCUCGACAUCGGUGCCGACAAAGUUCGUGUCGGCGUUGCUCAGUACAGCGAUGAGCCCUACCAGGAGUUCCUAUUGAAGGACCACAUGGACAAACAGUCCUUGUUGACCGCAGUGGACACAUUUCAGUACCGGACAGGAGGCACGGAGACCGGCGAGGCCAUCGACUUCCUCCUGAACCAGUACUUCACGGAGGAUGCGGGCAGUCGAAUCAAUCAGCGAGUGCCUCAGAUCGCCGUGGUCAUCACAGACGGCGACUCCACUGAUGAUGUCGUAGCACCGGCUGUACGCCUGAGGCAGCGCGGGGUGAUCGUGUUCGCUAUCGGGGUGGGAAAGGCCAACCCAACGGAGCUGGAGGCCAUUGCCAACCGCCCCUCGCAGCGCUUCAUGUUCACCAUCGACAACUACGAGGCUCUGCAGAGGCUGACGGAUGGUCUGCUGCAGACUGUGUGCAUCUCCAUGGAGGACCAGAGGCAAGCCUUGGCAGAAAAGUUUGCCGACAUUUUCUUCCUGGUGGACAGUGGCAUCUCUCAGACCGAUUUCCAGCAGGUCCGGAACAUCCUCAUGCGACUCACUAAUCAGCUGACCUUCAGCGCCUCGGCCCACCACCUCGGACUGGCCCAGUACAGUCAGGACACCAAGGUGGAGUUUCUGCUUAACACCUUCCAAAGCAAAGAUGAGAUACAGGGCGCAAUCAAACGCUUCCGCCUGCCCCGGCUUCAGACCAAUGAGCCUCGCAAUCUGGGUGCCGCCCUGCAAUACGCCAGCACGAACUUCUUCACCAGCGCUGCCGGGAGCCGGGCGGACCAGGGCUACCGACAGUACCUGGUGGUUCUCAGCGGGAAGGACUCGGAUGAUCAGGUGUACAAACAGUCCCGUCUGAUCAAAUCAGAAGGUGUAACUGUGGUGGGGAUGAGCCUCGGUGCCUCGAUGAAUGAAAUCCGUCUGAUCUCCACGGCGCCGUACGUCUACCCGUCCAUCAGCAACGCAGUGCCUACACUGAGGAGUAUCUUUGAAACAGAGGUGGAAAACACCACGCUGUCUGGAGAUUGCAAAGCUGCCAAACUGGCUGACAUCGUUUUCAUCGUCGACGAGUCCGGAAGCAUCGGAGUCGCCAACUUCCAGCUGGUUCGUACGUUCCUGCACUCGAUCGUCAGCGGCCUGGAGAUCAGUCCGACCAGAGUCCGAGUGGGCAUCGUGAUGUACAACGACCGGCCCACGGCGCAGGUCUACCUCAACACCUUCAACGACAAGGACGAGCUGCUCAAGUUCAUCAAAAUCCUGCCGUACCACGGCGGCGGAACCAACACCGGAGCCGCCCUGAAGUUUGCCCGCGAGAGCGUCUUCAUCAAGCAGCGAGGAAGCAGGAAGGACAAGGGCGUCCAGCAGGUGGCGGUGGUCAUCACGGACGGAGAGUCGCAGGAUGACGUGAGCCAACCAGCGGCUGACCUCCGUCGCGCCGGAGUCACUGUUUACUCUGUAGGUGUCAAAGAUGCCAACAAGGUUCAACUGGUGGAGAUGGCGUCGCAUCCGCCCAAUAAACACAUGUUCAUCGUAGACACUUUCGCCAAACUGAAGUCUAUGGAGCAGAGUCUGCAGAAAAUCCUGUGCUACAACAUCAUUCGACAGGCGGUCUCAGUCAACACCAGAAGAACCGGCAUCAAAGAAGGUUGUGUACAAACGGAUGAAGCAGACAUCUUCUUCCUCAUUGACCACUCAGGAAGCAUUUAUCCCACUGACUUCCAGGACAUGAAGAAGUUCAUCAUCGAGUUCCUGCACACCUUCCGCAUCAGCCCACAACAUGUUCGCCUGGGGGUUGCAAAGUAUGCAGAUUCUCCAAAUUUAGAAUUCGACCUGACGACCUACUCGGACAUGAAGUCCCUGGAGAAGGCUGUGAAAGACAUCAGGCAGAUAGGAGGCGGCACAGAGACGGGGCGAGCACUGGAGUUCAUGGGUCCAUACUUUGACAGAGCGAUGGCGUCUCGCGGUCACAAAGUGUCGGAGUACCUGGUGGUCAUCACUGACGGGAAAUCCUCCGACGAGGUCAAGGCUCCAGCAGAGAAGCUGAGAUCGCAGGGUGUCAUCGUCUACUCCAUCGGGGUGAAGAAUGCAGACAUGGAGGAGCUGCGAGAGAUUUCUGGCGACCCUAAGAGGACGUUCUUUGUCAACAAUUUUGACGCCCUGAAGCCCAUCAAAGAUGACAUCAUCACAGACAUCUGCUCCCAGGACGCCUGCAAAGACAUACCAGGUGACCUCCUGUUCCUGAUCGACAGCUCAGGGAGCAUCUACCCACAAGACUACAACAAAAUGAAAGACUUCAUGAAAUCCGUCAUCGGUAAGUCCUUCAUUGGCCAGAACAAGGUGCACGUCGGAGUCAUGCAGUUCAGCACCAUCCAGAAACUCGAGUUCCCCCUCAACCGCUUCUACAGCAAGGAGGAAAUGUCAAAAGCCAUCGACAAUAUGCAGCAGAUCGGCGGAGGAACGCACACAGGAGAAGCCAUCACAGACGUGUCUCAGUACUUUGAUGCCUCCAGAGGAGGACGUCCAGACCUGCGGCAGAGACUGGUGGUGAUUACAGACGGAGAGGCCCAGGACGAAGUCAGACGCCCCGCUGCAGCUCUGAGAGCCAAGGGAGUGAUGGUCUACGCCAUCGGAGUGGUGGACGCCAACACCACACAGCUGCUGGAGAUCAGCGGCUCCCCGGACAGGAUGUACGCUGAGAGGGACUUCGACGCUCUGAAGGACCUGGAGAGUCAGGUGGCCUUGGAGCUGUGUGAUCCAGAGAGAGACUGUAAGAAGACAGAAAAAGCUGACAUUAUUUUCCUUGUGGACGGUUCUACAAGCAUCACCUUGCAGAAAUUCAGAAACAUGCAAAAGUUCAUGGAGUCGAUGGUGAACCAGACGACCGUCGGCAAAGACCUGACUCGCUUCGGUGUCAUCCUCUACUCCAACGACCCAACAUCUAUCUUCACUCUGAACCAGUACAGCUCCAGGAAGGAGGUUUUGAAAGCGAUAUCGGACCUUAAGUCCCCGUACGGAGACACCUACACCGGAAAGGCUUUGGAUUACUCUCUGCAGUUCUUUAACGCUCAACAUGGCGGUCGAGCAGCGCUGCAGGUGCCGCAGAUUCUCAUGGUGAUCACAGACGGAGACGCUACUGACCGCAACAGUCUGGUGGCGCCGUCUCUGGCGCUGCGAAACAGCGGAGUGAGUGUUUUCAGUAUCGGAGUGGAAGGAGCUAAUAUGACGCAGCUGGAGAUCAUGGCCGGUUAUGACAGGUCCAAAGUUUUCUACGUGGACAAUUUUGAUGCCCUGGAGACUCUGUACAAGAACAUCACUCAUGUCCUCUGCAACUCCACCAAGCCAGCUUGUGAGAAACAGAAGGCUGACCUGGUUUUCCUGAUUGAUCAGUCUGGCAGCAUCGCUUCAACCGACUAUACCAUCAUGAAGAAGUUCACCACCGAACUUAUCAGCAGUUUUAAAGUCAGCGAGGAUUUGGUUCGCGUUGGAUUGGCCCAGUUCAGCAGCAACUUCCAGAAUGAGUUCUACCUCAACCAGUUCUACGCCGAGAAGGCCAUGUCCCAGCACAUCCUCAAAAUGCGGCAGCUUGGCGGAGGAACAAACAUCGGCCUCGCGCUGGACUCCAUCAGGGAAUACUUCGAGGCGUCUCGGGGCUGCCGCAUAUCUGCUGGGAUCUCCCAGAACCUGGUGCUGAUCACAGACGGCGAAUCGCAGGACGACGUUGAAGACGCUGCCGAUCGCCUCAGAGCUCUGGGGAUUGAAGUGUUUGCCAUCGGCAUCGGAAACGUCCACGAUCUGGAGCUGCUGCAGAUCACCGGCACACCGGAGAGGCUGUUCACGGUGGAGAACUUCGGCAGCUUAGAGAAGAUCAAGCAGAAGGUGGUCAACACCAUCUGCAAGUCCAGACCUAUCAGUAUUAUCUCAAGUUGCAGCAUCGACAUCGCCAUGGGAUUUGACAUUUCUCAAAGACGUGGACUUCCUGGUGAGACGCUGAUCAGCGGCCACAGCAAACUCCAGACCUUCCUGCCAGAGAUCGCCCAUUACGUUUCCUCGGUACCAGGCCUGUGCUGCACCGGCCCCGCCCCCAUCAGCACCAACAUCGCCUACCGAGUGGUGGGCCGUGACGGACGAUCGCUGUACGACUUCAACUUCGAGGGCUACAGCGAGGACGUCGUAAAGAAGGUCAUGACCCUGAGUCUGACGGAGCCCACUUACUUCAACACCGCCAUGCUGAAGUCCUUCGGAGAGAAGUUCAAGGCCCAGUCCGGAGCUGGUGUGAAGGUGCUGCUGAUUUUCUCAGAUGGACUUGACGAAGACGUGAUGAAGCUGGAGCAGGAAUCAGAGCUGCUGCGACAGUCCGGCGUCAGCGCUCUGCUCACUGUGGCCCUGGAGGGAGUUCGUGAUGUCGCCCAGCUGCAGAUGGUGGAGUUCGGCCGAGGGUUCGGCUACAGACUCCCUCUGAGCAUCGGCAUGCCGAGCAUCGGCAGCACCGUCCUCAAACAGAUUGACACGGUGUCGGAUCGGGAAUGCUGCAACGUCAUGUGCAAAUGUUCAGGACACGAAGGAAUCCGCGGCUCUCGGGGGCUUCCAGGCUCAAAGGGUGUGUCCGGACAGAAGGGUUACUCUGGCUUCCCAGGAGAGGAGGGCGUCGCUGGCGAUCGGGGGAGUCCUGGACCGAGUGGACCUCAGGGUGUCCAGGGCUGCUCUGGACGCAGAGGACUGAAGGGCUUUCGAGGUCUGCGGGGGAACCGGGGAGAAGACGGAGAGGACGGACUGGACGGAGUCAACGGAGAACAGGGAGUGACGGGAGCCGACGGAGGCCGAGGAGAGCGAGGAAACCCUGGAAGCCCAGGUAUCCCAGGUAUCCAAGGAGAGGCGGGACUCAAAGGACAGCGAGGACUUAGAGGAGAUCCGGGAGAGCCGGGUGCUGAUAACAACUUGCCAGGAGCCAAAGGAGACCCUGGAAAUGCAGGUUUACCGGGUAUUCCUGGACCAGAUGGGCGGCCAGGUGAGAGCGGAAUUGUCGGAAACCCGGGUCAAAAUGGAAGAAGAGGCCCUCCGGGUGAGAAGGGUGCAGCUGGAGAGCCGGGAGCUGCAGGACUGCAGGGCAUCCCAGGUCCUUCAGGUUCACAGGGCACCAGAGGGGUCGGAGGUCAGCCUGGACCCAGAGGAGUCCCCGGCCUUCCUGGACCUCAGGGUGGACCAGGAUCAGUCGGAGGCCCCGGAGCAGCCGGACGCCGAGGUGGUAACGGACAAAAGGGCCAACCAGGAGACCCCGGUGAUAAAGGUGUUCCAGGACCACUAGGACCCAGAGGAAUGCCGGGUGAGGAUGGAAGAGACGGUUAUGGACCUGCAGGACCUAAAGGUGUAAAGGGAGAUCCUGGUUUCCCUGGUUAUCCCGGUCUGAUGGGUGAGGACGGUCUGCAGGGACCUAAAGGACUUCCAGGACGUAAAGGGAACCUAGGUCGAGGCGGAAACUCAGGACGGCCGGGAGAUUCAGGGAUUGCUGGAGAUCCAGGAUAUGCAGGACACAGGGGUCCCAGAGGUCCUCCAGGUGUCAAAGGCAUGACUGAGUGUCAGCUCAUCACCUACAUCAGAGACAACUGUGCUUGUUCCAUCGGUCAGUCGCUGUGUCCGGCCUACCCCACUGAGCUGGUGUUUGGUCUGGACAUGUCCGACGAUGUGACGCCAGCCGCCUUCGAGAGACAGCGCUCGGCCCUCCUGUCCCUGCUGGAAGACGUUAACAUCGCCGAGAGCAACUGUCCGACGGGCGCUCGCGUGGCCGUGGUGGGAUACAACGCCUACACCAAGUACCUGAUCCGCUUCCAGGACUACCGCCGCAAGACUCAGCUGGAAGACGCCGUGAGGAACAUCGCCCUGGAGAGGACGUCCAACAAGCGUCACCUGGGCGCCACCAUGCACUUCGUAGCUCAGAACGUCUUCAAGCGCGUCCGAGCAGGGAUGGUGAUGAGGAAGGUGGCGGUCUUCUUCUCCAACGGGCCGUCGCAGGAGGUUAAUGACAUCACAGGCGCCGUGAUGGAGUACCGGGGGCUCGACAUCAUCCCAGCAGUCAUCUCUCUGAGGAACGCCCCCGCUAUCAGUCGAGCGUUGGAGGUUGACGACACUGGAAACUCUAUCUUCAUGGUGUUGGGGAGGCAGCAGGACCAAGCUGCUGAUCUGAGGAAGAUCAAGAACUGUGCAAUCUGUUACGACCCGUGCAGACGUCCAGACGAGUGCUCCUUCAUCCAGGAGCCGGUGCGUCCUCAGGAGGUGGACGUGGACCUGGUCAUGGUGGCCGACAGCUCCAGGGAGAUGCAGGCCGACCAGUACGCCGGCGUAAAGCAGCUGCUGGGUUCUAUAGUGGAGCAGCUGGCUGUGAGCCCUCAGCCCCGCAGAGCCGGCAACCGGGCCCGAGUGGCCGUGGUCCAGCAGAGCGGCUCCCGGUCCGCCAAUGUGGAGUUCAAUCUACAGACCUACCAGAACCAGGAGCUGAUGAAGGCUCACCUGAUCCAGAAGAUGCAGCAGCAGGGCGGCUCCUCGGCGCUGGGAUGGACGCUGGACUACACCCUGAAGCAGGUGCUGCUGAAGGCCGGCCAGCCGUCCAGGAGGAAGGCUCUGCUGGCCGUGGUGGGAACCCCGACAGCCUGGGAGGACCAGGCCAGGCUGCACUACGUCUCCCAGAAGGCCAAGUGCGAGGGGGUGGCGCUGUUCGUGGUGACGGUCGGCGAUCACUACAACCGGACGCAGGUGGAGGAGCUGGCCAGUCUGCCGCUACAGCAGCACCUGAUCCACGUCAGCAGACUGAAGGCUGGCGAGCAGGACUACGCCCAGCGCUUCUUCAGAGUCUUCCUGUCCGCCUUCAGCAAGGGAAUGAACACGUAUCCUCCUCCCUCUUUAAAACGGACAUGUGACGAGCUGAGCAGCCAAGAUGAAGGACAGAUAUUCAUAGCAGGUCAGGGCUCUGCUACGUUGGGGGAGGAGGAGACGUUUCAGGAGCACCGAGGACAGACUCAGACCGGACAGCUGGACAUCAUCGAGACUCUAACCAGAAGAGACGGACAGAGACUCCACCUCAGCGGCCGGUGUCAGCUGGAUUCUGACUCUGGCAUCCAGUGUGCCGACUUUGUCCAAGUAUGGUUCUUUGACAAACACAUCGGUGCAUGCUCUCCCUUCUGGUACGGCGGUUGCGGCGGCAACGCCAACCGCUUUAACACAGAACAUGAAUGUUUCCGGACAUGUGUCGCCCACAAUCCAAACAUCGUGCUGAAGACGCAGCUCGCCAGCUUCGUCUCUAAAGACGCCUGCUUCCUCAGCCAGGACCAGGGCGGCUGCCAGAACUACACCAUGAUGUGGUUCUUCGACACCGAGCAGAACGAAUGCUCUCGGUUCUGGUACGGCGGCUGCGGCGGCAACGAGAACCGCUUCAAGACACAAGAGGAGUGCGAGAACCUGUGUCUGACGAAGAGUCGGUGAAGAGGAGGAGAUACCGCAGCUGUACACUCAUAAUGUAUCAGGAAAACUUCAGUAAACAUGCGUCUUCAAGGAAAAAGGCCGAGGUGACUGUAUGAACUCUGUAAGUGCAGCUUGCUGUGGUAGACAGUUACACUCUUUACUGCCUUCAGGGAAACUGUUCAGUCAGCAGCUGCCCACUGAGGAGCUUCCAGUCGUUCAUCUGCAGGAAAAGUUUCCUCUGUCUUUGUUUCCACCUUGGACAUGCAUGUUUGAUCCCCUCACAGCUCAGCUUUCUGCUGCUGGACUCCACAUGGCCGACACUCUUCGCAGCUGUUCAACUCCUCUUCCAGGUUCUUUUUGUAUUUUCUCCGGAUCAGGUGCUAUUUUUUACAAAGCGGGUGAUGUAAAAACAGGAUUGUUAAGACUUGAAUUGAAUGUUUGAAGGAAUCACACCAGAAAUGGCCGACAUUAAAGAGUGUUACUGUUAA